CCGUUCCGUCGAAUCCAUUAUUGUAAAUUUCGCGAUUGAUCAGAUUUUUGAUACGCGCGAUACGCUCCAUGGGACGGCACCCCCCAGGUUUCUCUCUGGUGGUCACGAAAAUUUACUCACGGUUGUCGGUCUUUAAUAAUAUCUCGUCGGUGGUAUGCUUAUUUACUCCGAAAAAGGAUCUCAUGUUUGUUCCUCGGUGUACUUUAAACAGUUUAUCCAUUGCGUGAGAUAACGUGUAACAAAUGAUUUUUCAAAUCUAGUGUCAAUAAAAGCUUAAAAUUUCAAGUUUAAGAUUUUUUGAUCUUAACACUUGUGCUUUAUCAACAUGAAGGAGGAAUUAGAAAGCAUUUACAGCUCUGAGUUAUCAGCCGUAAUUGGAGCCCUGUUGGACACUUUAGAUGACAAGAAUCCAGAUGUAAAGUGGUCUGUGGUCGAGUCGAUUGAAAGAAUAAGUAAAAAAAAUCCAGAAAUCGUCAUUCAUGCUGCAAUAUAUUUCUGGGAGAUGCAUAAAAAAAUAUCUACGGAACAUAUGGGAUCUUUGUUGAAUGUUAUAUCUAAUAUAUGUAGACAUUCAGCUACAAGCUUGAGCGUAGAUUUAGUGACGUCUCUUGCUGAGAUAGCAGUGAACGAGUUAACAGGAGGAACUGAGAAUGAGGCAGCUGAAUUGUUGAUCGAGCUUUGUAAAAUACAUUGCAUGCAAGCCACGGGUGAACUUUUAACUAAAUUAGAACCUGGAAUCAUUCCUAAUCCUGCAAUAGUUUUCACAAUAGGGAAGCUGGCAGCAACUAAUCCAUAUGGGAUGCUAUCUUUUGUCAAAAUAACACUGACUAUUACAUUACCGAUACUGAAUCAGAUACGCGAAGAGGUUCUCAAACAAGCAAUUUGCUUCAUGAUCUGCAAAUUUUGUGAAGCUAUAAAUGAUUAUAUAAUGAACGGAGAAGAUUCUACUAUGGAAAUUAAUAAACAGACAUUUGUGGAAGAAAUUUGUUCCAUUUUUGAUUUUCUGAUGCAUAAUUGGUUAAAGACAUCCCGAGAUUCUAAAUCAACUGAAAUUAUUUUAACAACAUUUGUGCCUAUGAUAUCUUUGUUGCCUGCACAACAGAAUAGUGAAAGAAUUGUAAAGUUGAUACCUGUAUGUUUAAAUCUUUGUAAGAAACAAAAUAUACGUUUAGCUGCUGUAAGAGUUUUAGCUGUGAUUUUAAGCUAUGUCGAGAAUGAAAAUGACAAAGAGGCAAUUCGCCCAUUUAUAGAGAAUAUCCAUCAAGUCCUCUUUGAAUUUGUUAGUAUUUGUCCCUUUGAAGCAGCUCGAGAUGUUGUUCUGACACAUUAUGAAGUACUACAAUGUUCUAGAUCAUUAGUUGUCUUAUAUCCUGAAGAAGGUCUUGAUAGAAUUUUGCAGCAAUUGAAGUCACCAGUCACAAAUCAGCGUGCUCGCGCUUUAGUAGUUCUGAGACAUCUCAUAAACACUCUUCCAUCAGAGGACGAUGGAUCUCUGCAAAGAAUCGCACUUAGCUUGCAGGAGUCGCUUGGAGAAAAUGGUGCGCUUCAGAUGGUUAGUGCUAUAGUGGCACUUGUGGCACGACCAACAUUUCCUCUUUUACCAUCACAGAGAGUCAGAUUUGUUCGUUAUAUGGUGUCACACUGUGAAGCGAAGAGUGAUGACAUGGAGGCAUGUUCCGAAGCUUUAUAUCUACUUGCUACAACUGUUGAUGGUGUCGAGUCUUGGCUAUGGCCUUGUCUGAUAAAUGCGUUAUUGGACUCGACUUGCACAGCGUCUGUUACGUCUGUGUUACGUUCAUUAUCCCCAUUAGCAACAAAAAUAAUAUGCGAUGAAAACUCCUCAACAAAUGAGAGGGAUUUCCCUGGUACAAAAGUCUUAGGUAGAUGCUUGGAAUUGUUAAGCAACCCAGCUAAUCGAAUUGCAAUAGUGACUUUCUUAAAAGCGGCAGCACCUUUGCUAGGACAUCAAGUGAAAUCUUAUUGGGAUGAGAAACUGCAGGAACUUUUGCAAGAACUCUUGCAGGACGAACAAAGAAACUCGCAAAAAAAUCUUAAAGACAUCACGCAACAAGAUUUAAUCUGGGAAAAAAUGAUAGAAUGGCUAGAAGAAAGUGUAAAGCUGGAAGGAGAGUCAUGGGGCGCAAAGCUCGCUGAUGAACUCGCUCUGAAAACAAACACACCGAGUGUAGCGCCGCUUUUGGCAUCUACAUGCAAUAACAACGCUCAUAUCACUCUGCUUGUUGAACUUACACGUUCUCACGGCACUACCAAAGAAUUUGCACGAGCGGUUGGCAUCUGUGCUAAACGACAUCUAAAUAUCGUGUUAAAAUUAAUGGAAGAGUUUUGCAUUGUCGAGGAUGCUAGGAAGGCCCCCGUGAAAUUGCUGGGUUUUGUGAAAGAUACGAAGGCUGCCGCUACUGCUGAGGCUGCAAAAGCGGGUUUACUACAAUCUUAUGCUGAAAUUGCUCAGAAAGGGGAACCGCAGAAAUUUUUUUCAGUCUUUGAAAAACACGUGUUGCCGUGGACCAUUAAACAAUUACACGAAUGCAAGGAGUUGUCUACAAAGGAAGCAGGACUGUCAGUGUUGGAACAAGUAGCCAAUGCUGUUCAUCCCACCAGAUUGCCUGAAUCUAAAGGCUUACGAAUAAAGGCUACUGCUUUGGCUACUUUAUUGGGAAUCUUGCAGUCAUCGACUGGAUAUAGACCAUUGCAACUCUAUGCGGCGAUAUUGAAAGCAGCAAAUUCUUUAAUACGUAUACCACCAGAACUAAAUAAUGAAGAAAGGGAGAUUUUCCUCAGUGCAGUGCUGGAUAAAACAAUUAGUGCCAGUUCAGAGAUUGCUCUGCAAUUACAUCCAGAGGUAAUGCAACUAGUCAUAAAUGAGCUGGGCAAUAUAUCCAGCGAAAUUGUAUCCAAUUCAGCGGAUGCAUUAGCUGACUUAGUCGACAUAUUAUUACCCUGGAUGCAAUCCAAAUCAAAUGUUGAGAGAAAAACGACUUUAUUAGUGAUGCACACAGUACUCCAGUCUUAUUAUAACUCUUUGAAAUAUACAUAUCCAGGUGGCAAGUUGGACGCCGGGAAACUGGUAGGAAGAAUUUUGUGCUGGUGUGCGGACACUGAAUUCGCACUGAGACCAUUAGCAAUAGACUGUAUGCUUCUUUCUCUGGACAUUGCAGCCCGUCAUCGGCAUGUAUUACUCGAUAAUAUCUUAAGUGAAGAUAUACAACAAAUAAAGAAGGAACUGAUGAUUGAUGAAUCAUCAGUAUUCCAGGGAGCUGUACAAAGAUUGGCUAAUGUGGUAUCGCAGAAAAUCCCUAAUGGUGAAAUAGUUAGCUUAGCUGAGGGAUUAAUAGAAGGUUUGUUAUUCUAUGGAGAAGCAGGUUUAGUAGCAGGCAUAGCUCUUUCACAACAUUUCCAAAUUAAAGGAUCAGAGAUAUCCAGGACUGAUGUUUGUUUAGUUGACAAUAUUAUUACACAAAUGAGACAAAUGGAAAACAUGAGCUGCAAGUAUAUUGCAUCAACGGCUGUAGUAUCAUUGAUGAAGCACCAUCCGGAAGAAGUAAUUGAACAUCUUUUGUCUCAACCAUUACCCUUGGAUCCGGGAACUGCAAUGUGUUGGAAAGAAAUUGGCAAUGAUGAUUUUCUUGGACUUCGUGCUUUGGAGAUGUUGCUGAUAAAACUCGAAUCCAACAAUUUAUUCAUUGAGGUUACUACGUCCGUGCAUUCUGGACGGAAUAAUACCGCGUCUCUCUUAUCUUUAGCGUCUAUCGUGGGUUUAAAGCAUCUUCUUGAAUCACCACAUGUAGAAAGCUUGAUUAAUAAACAGUUACCAGGAUUAUUAUCUGUUCUUCUCAAAUAUCUCUCGGGCUGGUUAUACGCUGAUGCUCCUGCAUCAUUGAUAAAUACAAAGUAUGGAUAUGUACCGAAUCGGGCGGCGCAAAAGAUGAAUCCACACGCAGAAGUAUAUUCUAUAUUAACCAACGUAUUGACAAUCAUCCAACCAAAUACUGUACCCAAUUUGCCGUUGGAAAUCGCAUUUACUUCUGAAACGCAAGCUGAAGAAAGUCUGAUAUCGACCGUACGAAUAUUGAUGAAAUGUGUAUUAACUAGAAAUGAGAUUCUGUCGAACAUGGCGCAAUCCCUUAGCAAACUAAUGACCAGCACGAUAGCGAUACAGCGCGCGGUCGCCGCCACGUUCUACUCGGAAUUGAUCGGAAAAAUGGAACGGAAUUGUGAAGCUAUAUGGCUUGAUGCUAUAAUUAAUACUUUGCAUGACGCUAAAGCCGACUCGUCGUCCUUGGUACGAAAGCUUGCUACCAUCGGGCUUGCCAGGAUAGCUUACUUGGAUUCAAAACAGGUUGAUGAAUAUUUCGACAGUUGCAUGGAUGCCUUACUCGAUGGACUGGAAGAGACUGCCGGUGGAGAAGGUGGCACUGAAGUAGUACUCGAGUCGUUACGCGGACUCUCAGUGUUAUUUUCGGUUCACUACAGGAAGCCUAUCAAUCCACGAGUGGUGUUGGCUUUGAAACCAUUCAUUGAAAAAGAAAAUUGGGAAAUGAAACUUGCCGCAAUAAGUGCUUUAGGUGCAAUAGCUACCAAUUGGCAGAAAUCGGUUAAAUCCCCGGAUAAUGAUCUGAUCGAUCAUCUUCUGGGUUGUUUGCCGUCUCUGAUAAUAAGACUGGAAGAUUCGAAUAUAACAGUAGUUAAGGAAACCUUAUGUAAAAUUACAAGUAUCGUGCAUAAUGAAAAAUUAUCUCGUAUAAUACACAUUAAUUUGGGACCACAAGCAAAAUUCAAUUUCGAGGAUUUUUCUAAGGACUUGAUAAAGUGUUUGAAAGAAGAAUUCCCACAGAGAGCAGAGGAACUAAGGAAUGCUGUGGUUCGUGGUUAUUCUAGAUCAGAGAAUUAUCACAUCAGAGCCACAUCUGCAUUGCUUUUAGGAUUAUUCGAUUCCCCAAGACCCGAGGAUAUACAAAGACUAUUACAACUCUUACGUGAUAGGGAAAGUAUUGUAAGAAUACGCGCUUCGCAAGCUCUUUCAUUCUGCUUUACUCUUUAGCAUAAAUAAAUAACAUUUCGGUAGAUUAGAGAAAUUUUACUUCAAAAUUUCGAAACCUUAGAACUGCGUUUUUAUGUGAUAUUAUAAAAUAGAUUUACGAGAAUUAACUUAUUUAUAGGGCACAUCAUUUUAUUUGUUACAAAAUUGUUUUAAUAUAAUUGUUGAUUCAUUUAUUAUAGAAUAUAAAUAAAAAUUCUGGUUUAUAAAAAAGAAA